UGACAGGUUCUCCGCUGCUAUCACAGGAAUACUGCACAAGUCCUUGCCUGAUCAUCACCUCCCCUUCUUCCCCUCUCCUCGGCAAUAGCCAUGCUCCCACGUUACUCCCAUAAUGUACUGACGCAGACUAAUCGGCUGCGGAUACGCGGCACCCUAACGUCAAGAUCAAGCAAACGGCGACGUGCCAGAUCCACCCAUCAGAUAUGGCAAGCCCCUACCGCCACAAUGGAUUCCGAUGUACAGAAAGCCAAUGCGGACGCCGACUCGCAAGCUACGAAUCUGUGUCAUUGGAGCAGGCAUCAGCGCAAUGACACUGGCCUACAAGCUCUACCACGAACACAACAUGAUCGAAUCAGGGUUGGCCGAGCUCUGCAUCUACGAAGCUCACGAGAGUAUGGGUGGCACUUGGCUGGUCAACACGUAUCCAGGUGUAGCAUGUGAUGUACCAGCGCACAUCUACGCUUUCCCAUUCGAACCUAAUCCGGAUUGGAGUGCUUUCUAUGCCACCGGAGACGAGAUCUUGCAGUACUUCAAGCGAACGGUGGCCAAGUACGAUCUCGCAAAGGACGUCAAGUGUGGGCAUCGGGUGGAGGGGGCAGCCUUCGACGCCGAGAGAGGGAAGUGGGAUCUGAGAGUUGGUACCAAGGACGGCUCGAUCGACGAUAGUUGCGAUAUUCUCGUUUCGGCUACCGGCUUCUUGUCAAAGUGGCGCUGGCCAGAUAUUACAGGCUUGCACGAUUUCAAAGGCCAUCUCUGCCACUCAGCGGUUUGGGACAAAGCCUUCGAUUGGACCGGCAAACGGAUUGGCGUGAUCGGUAACGGAAGUUCGGCCAUUCAGAUCGUGCCUCAAGUUGUGGAGCGAGCGGCACAUCUGACCAACUUCAUCCGCAGGCCAACGUACAUUACUCCCGGUCUCGGUUCAGCCAUCAUUGGCGGCCAAACGCAGUAUCACUAUACGGAUGAAGAACGACAGCGCUUCAAGCAGGAUCCUGCAGAGCUGAAGCGGUACCGCAAGAGGAUCCAAGCCGGCAGCAACAAAGCCUUCGAUAUGUUCGUAAAGCAUUCUCGUGCACAGGAGGCCGGGCGAAGGCAGACCGCGGAGAUGAUGAAGCGAGCCUUAGGUGGCGAUGAAGAGCUCGCGCGUAAGCUAACGCCGGACUACGAAGUCGGCUGUCGAAGAGCAACACCAGGGCCGGGCUAUCUCGAAUCCUUUACGAGGGACAAUGUGACUUUGAUCACCGAUGCCAUACAGCAAAUCGAAUCUGAUGGGAUUCGAACAAAGGACGGCAAACUCCACGACUUCGAUGCCAUCGUCUGCGCCACCGGUUUCGACGUCUCACACCGCCCACCUUUCCCACUCACUGGUCGUCACGGCAUAACACUUGCCGAAGCUUGGAAGGACGAGCCAGCUUCCUACCUCUCCCUCGCCGCCUCCGGCUUUCCGAACCUUUUCUUUUUCUCCGGCCCAAACGCUCCGGUGGGUCACGGUAGCCUCAUGGCCGGACUCGGAUGGUCAGCGGACUGGAUGUGCCAGUGGAUCCGCAAGAUGGCCGAAGAGGAUAUCAAAUGGGUCGAUCCAAAGUCGGAGGUGGUCGACGAAUUCGAUGCGUACGCGGACGAGAUCAUGCAAACGCUUGUCUGGAGCGGAGGGUGCCAGAGUUGGUACAAGGGCCAUCGAGUUGAUGGUAAGGUAACGGCGGUGUGGGCGGGCAGCGUUGUUGGAUACCAUGAGAUGAUCGAGCGUAUUCGGCCAGAGGACUUUGAUAUUGCUUAUAGGAGCAAGAAUCGGUUUCGCUUCAUGGGGAACGGCAGAACGAAGAUGGAAUAUGAUCCCAAAGCCGACCUGGCAUUCUACCUACAGAAGUAGAUAUAGUCCUGCCGAGUCCGGCUUUCAUGUUGCAGUCACUCCCGGCCUCCACACGGUCUCGGCGCCCCUGUGGCGAUCGUAUUGGCCUGCACAUCUUGAUGCUGACACAGUUGCGUUUAGCGUGGAGAGCAGUGCCGG